AUGGCAGAUCACCAGAGAAUCCAUCCGGUCCAAGAUGUUGAAGCAGUACUACCGCACGCCCCAGAUGCACCCUUGGUACCAAGGGGAGAUUCUAAAUCGGAUAAAGGCGAUCCAACGGGCAGGGAGAUAGAGGCCGGGCAGUAUUAUUCUCCAUUCCAAGGACGUAGAAUUCCCGUGAUGCACUCAACACCACCUAAGAAAAGAAGUUGUUUUCGUAAAUGCCUUUGUUGGACUAUCUGCCUGCUCUUGCUGCAAGUGAUUGUGGUUGCGAUCACCGGUGGUAUUAUAUACCUUGUUUUCCGACCAAAGCUUCCCAAAUACACGGUGAGCAAACUGCAGAUAACCCAGUUCACUCUCAACGAUGAUCAAAGCUUAAAUGCUACAUUCGAUGUGAGCAUCACAGCCCGGAACCCCAACAAAAAGAUCGGCAUCUACUAUGAAGGCGGGAGCCGCAUAAAUGUGUGGUACACAAACACUAAACUCUGUGAAGGAGGUUUGCCUAAAUUCUACCAGGGUCACCGGAACACGACUGAACUUGUAGUACCCCUCAGUGGACAAACUCAAGAUGCAAGCGGCCUGCUCACCACACUCCAACAACAGCAGCAACAAACUGGCAAUGUUCCGAUCACUCUCAGGGUUCGGCAACCAGUAAGGAUUAAGCUUGGCAGCUUCAAGCUCCCAAAGUUCAAGUUUGUAGUCAGGUGCAGGUUGUUGGUUGACAGUCUUUCAGAGAAUAACGAUAUUAGCAUUCAAAGCAGUAGCUGUAAGUUCAGACUUCGGCUAUGA